AACCGAAGUUAGGGUUUUGGGAGCUGCAUUGUGGUGGUAGAGUCGCAGAGGCUUUAGGGUUGUAAGGUAGAGUCGCAACAAUGAAGAACAUUCUCUCCUCUGAAACCAUGAACAUCCCCGACGGCGUGAGCAUCAAGGUUCACGCCAAGGUCAUCGAGGUCGAGGGUCCCCGCGGAAGUCUCGUUCGAGACUUCAAGCAUUUGAACCUCGAUUUCGAUCUCAUCACCGACGACAACGGAAAGAGGAAGCUCAAGAUCGACGCCUGGUUCGGCUCCCGGAAAACUUCCGCUGCCAUCCGCACCGCCCUUAGCCACGUCGAGAAUCUCAUCACUGGCGUCACCAAGGGCUACCGCUACAAGAUGAGGUUCGUCUACGCUCACUUUCCCAUCAACGCUAGCAUCACCAACAACAACAAGUCCAUCGAGAUCCGAAACUUCCUCGGCGAGAAAAAGGUUAGAAAAGUGGACAUGCUUGAGGGUGUGUCCGUCCUUCGAUCUGAGAAGGUGAAGGAUGAAGUCGUUUUGGAUGGAAACGACAUUGAACUUGUUUCAAGAUCUUGUGCUCUUAUUAACCAGAAAUGUCAUGUGAAAAAUAAGGAUAUUAGGAAAUUCUUGGAUGGAAUUUAUGUGAGCGAAAAGGGCACCAUUUUGGUGGAUGAGUAGAUGGUGGGCACCAUUUUGGUGGAUGAGUAGAUGGUGAAGAGCUGGGCACUUUUUGUGCUGUCAAACUUUUCUAUUUUGGAAUAUUUUAUUUGGAAUUUUUAGUUUUUUAUAUUUGGAAUUUUUGGAAUAUUUUAUUUGGAAUUUUUAGUUUUUUAUAUUUGGAAUUUAUGAAAAUGUAAUGCAGAGAAUACCAAUCAUUCAAAUGCACUUACUCAUUCUAGUCUCUUUUA